AUGAGACAUACAGACUACUAUUGGGCGAUCGCAAAUUUCCUGCACAAGACUGGCGUGCAACAACCGCGUGUAUUCAUCAGCGAUCAGGAAGAAGCUCUAAAGAUGGCAGCACGCUCGCUACUCCCAAGAGUUCCUCAGCUCUUAUGUGGCCAAACACUGGUCGAAGCUCUGCAGCAAGUCAGCACUUCAGUCACUGUUUCAGUUCCUACAUCUCUACCAGGCGCGGGUCCUGUGACCACUUGUAUAUCUGUGUCAAUUCCAGCACCUGCUCCUUUACCUUCACUCACAUCUCCUCGUUCAUCCCCGCCGGUAGCUGUCGCUGUGUCAGUCACCAUGGCCCCGUCUCCUGUCUGGCGACCUCCAACACUAGAAGAGUUUCUAGCUGACAUUGAAGGUCGACGAUCUCAACCUGUUCUGUACCAGUGUAAUGAUAUGAUGUCAGCUACCAACUUUCUAGCAGAGACCGGGCAAGAGGAGGAUCCUAUAGAACUAGUGGAGGCACGGAAUAUGGCUCUUGCCACGCAAGGACUCUUCGCUUCUUGCACACCAACCAUGGCUUGGAACUAUCACUUUGGAGACAUGGAAGCUUUCUAUACUGAGAGAUUCGCACAAGUUGACGUUCAGAACGCACUUGCUGAGCGUGAAGAUGUACCCAAGCCGCGGCCUAAACGUGCUGCAGCAGUCGCGGCUUCUAAAGCCUGGAAAAGUCUUGGCCCGCGUUAG